AUGACCGUUCAAAACAAUCAAAUCCCCGCCAUCUACGCGCGGGCGAUCGAAAAGUACAAGGAAAUUACUAAAGAGGAUCUCGAUGUCGCCUUCCUCUGCAAGCUCCAGAGCGUUGACGAUCUGGCCAAAGAGAUCGAUGAGCGUAACAAAUCCUUCAGCGAGUACCGCCACAAACGCGGCGCCAUCUUUGAUGCCAUGCAGGCGGCACUCAUUCCAGUCCAGCUGUUCGGCGAUAUAGCGGCCGGAGGCGCGUCGAUGGUCUUUCCUCCCAGCAGUCUUGUUUUUGGCGCAGUGACCUACCUCGUGACGGCUGCCAAAGGCGUGUCGAGCUCGUAUGACGCGAUUGAGGAUCUGAUGGGAACAUUAAAGGAUUUCACUAUCCGAUUAAAAGCCUACGGCCAGGAGCAAAUUUCCGAAGAUCUCAGCGACAAGCUGAGCGAUAUCCUCACCACAUUGGUGGAAAUUUUUGCCCUUUCGACCAAGGCCAUCAAGCAAGGUAGACUGCUCAAGUUCACUCGCAACAUCCUCCUGGGCACCGACGACGCCAUCAAAGAGGCAGUGGGUAAACUGGAUAAGUUGACCAAAGUGGAAGCGAGCCUCGUCGGUGCUGAAACCCUGGUUGAGGCCAAACGGACAGGGCGCGUGGUGGAUACAGUCCAAACCACUGUCACGUCGACGAAUGUCACAGUGCAGGAGACGGGAAAGGCCGUCAAUCAGAUGACCGUGCAGGUCACCGAGGUACAUGAGAUGCUGGGUAACCUAUUGAUCACGGCGAAUGGCAAGGAUGAAAAUCAUGGCGACUCGGCAAAGUCACAGCGCGACCUUGUGAGGAAGAUUUUGCAACCAUCCGCGACAGACUCGGCACAGGAUUGGUACGACAGGAUCAGUAAGACCCGCGUUCCUGGAACAGGAGAUUGGAUUAGGAACGAAGACGUGUUCCAAAGCUGGUUGGUUCGAGAUCUCCCGGUCAUGUUCAUCUCGGGUAAUCCUGGAGCUGGCAAAUCCUAUCUUUCAUCAAGCAUUAUCGCCUUCCUUAAAGACCAAUACCCGCAAGGGGUACAACAUCCCUCCCAUGUCUCCAUAGCGUACUUCUUCUUCAAGGAUGACAACCCCACCACGAGGACCUUCCACCAGGCCCUGCGGGAUCUCGCCUAUCAAAUCAGCAGUAAUGAUCCGGCAUAUGAGAAGUACCUUGCAGCCCUUGGAGAUUAUGGGAGCGCCAGCACUCUGGAAAGUGCGUGGCGGACCCUAUUUGUCGACUACUUCCUGAAGAAAGAAUCAAUCACGAGUAGUGUCUAUGUCCUCUUCGAUGCGGUCGAUGAGGCCUUUGAGGAGGAAAGACUUGCCUUCUUGCAGCUUGCCAAGGAUAUUCUGGACUCCCCGAAUCGUGGCCGUUUGCAGUUGGCCAUGGUUGGACGGCCGCAUAUCAGCGACCAGCUGGCUGAAGCGCUCGAAACCAACGUCCCGACAAUCUAUGUGACAACACUGAAAAAUUCCGCUGAUAUCGACCGGUACAUCAGAACCAGCAUUCAGAAAUCAGUGAUUCUGCGACGCGUCUCACCAGCUCUACGAAAGGAGAUUACCGAAAAACUGUCUGCAGGUGCUGAGGGCAUGUUUCUGUGGGUGAACCUGAUGCUGCAGGAGCUAGUCAAGAAACGCAACGAGUCCAGUAUCCGUAAAAGCCUCGAGCAGGCGCCCAAGGGGCUGAAGGAGAUGCUGCGCCAUGUGCUACUGAGCUUCUCCGCCAGUCUGAACGACGAAGAGUUGGAAUUUCUCAACGAGCUCCUGCUGUGGGUCACCUGCGCCGUUCGUCCUCUGAGCCUUGGCGAGGUGGAGGCAAUCCUCGAGUUGAAGUCAGCCGAGGGAGAUGGGAUGAUUUACCUCGAAGGUGCCCUUCGCAAACAAUUCGCUGCUUUCUUCAACCUCGACCGUGAGGACGGUCUGACCACAACGGAGCUCCAGACCAUGGCAGACAGGACAUAUGAGUCAGACGAUGAGGAUACUACUAAACCAGAUAGCGAUGAUCAGGACGCUUUUGAAGAUGUUGACAACAUUAUAGACUUUGAUUCGAACAAGAAGUCGACCACCGUCACCUUCAGCCACGCAUCCCUGGGCGAUUUCUUCCGUGACCCAAACGAAGGCAAGGUCUCUGCCGCGCAGGACAAACUGCCAGUCGGAGUUGUUUAUAAAGAUGCCAAAGUUCAUGUCCUCAAGAUGUGCCUCAAGAUCCUCAUUGAUACCGAGUUUUCCGAGAGGGCUACGGACUCCGGCGUCAUGGAGACCUACGCCAAAGAACAUUGGGUGCAACACCUUCAUUCAGUGCAGCCCUCAGAGACCUCGCUCGAGGACAAAAAGACAAUCGCCAGCAUGCUCGCCAGGAUGUUCGGUACAGAAGAGUACAUGGCCAGAUGGGUGGCAAUGAGAAGUUGGGUCUCGACAAGCGAAAACCUGAAGGCCAUUCAGCGCUGGUGGGAUGAUCCCGAGAUUGUCGAGUCGCUUGCAGUCAAAGAGGCCGAGUUUGUUCUUUCCGUCAAGGAGACGCCUGUAGAGACAUUCCGACCCAUCGCCGAGCUUUGCACCAAGAAAUGGUUGGCUGAAGACGACUGGGUACCCGCGGCCGCGGCGGCUAUGAUUAUCAGCUAUCUCAAAUGCCAAAGAGGGAUCGAUGAGGAUUUUCUUUACCGUUUUGCACCGACUGCCGCCGAGGUCGUCGAGGCUGCCGAAUGGGCGCAGACCGAGAAGACGUCCCGCUGGUACCAAAGGGUCGGCGUCGUGCUGCGCAACACUGGCCACAUAGACGAAGCUCUGGACUAUUUUAGGCAGGCAAUCGCCAUAGAUCCAAACAACUGGAUUGCCAAAACAGGUAUGGCUAUAGCACACUUGAGCAGGAAAGAAUGGGCAACGACCCUUGCGCUCGAUGAGGAAGUAGAAGCAGUUCUGGAACGGCAGCUCACUGAUCAGCCCGAUCAGAAGAAAAGGCUGACUGCACAUUUGCACGUAAUACUGGACCGCAUCGCAACCUGCUAUAAGGAGCUCGGGCAGGCAGAGAAGCACUAUCUUAAGAUCAAGAAAGCUCUUGCGGUGAAUCCCUACUGCAGCACGUGCACAUAUACGAUUCUGCGUUUCCAGAACGAAACGGACCGGUUCGAUGAGACCAUCUCUCUUGUGAAAGAAUAUGCCGAUGCACAAGUUCCCGACAAAGAGUACAAUCGACUGACCGAGUUUCUAUGGCAGAUGCCAAGCGUGAAUGAAGAGGUUCUUGAGUAUUUCGCCGUCGCUGGCCAGGCUACGGGGAAUCUCGACCUCAUCGUCCGUUCCUACCGCGAUGCGGCCCGAGCGGCCCGAAAGUCGUCCAUGACCGUUGUCGCGGCUGAUUUGGACCUUUCGCUUGCGCGUAUCUACUCAGAAUACACUCGAGAGGAAGACAAGGCGACGAAACGGUGGGAGAGGAUCCUUAACACGUAUGGAUCAGCCAAGGAAGAAGGCCAGAUUGGGUCGGCCAAGGUCAUCGCCUCCUCCAAGUUGGCCCAACUUUGGCUGUGCCAUGCCGUCGAUGCCGGCGUAGGUUCCCCCGAGGCGGAGGAGUAUGUCAGACGAUUGGAGCAGUUGGUAGCACGGUACAAGACCGAGGACACGUCCGCUUUCUGGAUCGCCGCGCGGGCUCGGGCCAUUUCUCUUGGACUAUGGUACCGCCUGACAGGCCGACACGAUGAGGCGCGAGCUCUACUCGCUCCCUCCGUUAAACGGGCUAUACAGAUUUUAUCCGACGAUGACCCAGAGAACGACGGCGCAGGCUUGGCUGAUUUGCAAAAUGCUCUACUCGCUGCGGGUGACGUCAAGAAUGUGGUUGCGAUUGCCUAUGCUCUCGGACGAUAUGCGGAUAAAGACGAGGCGGAGAAUGAGGAAGGCGGCUAUAGUGACUAUGGGUACACUUGCGAUGGUCCGUGUCGAAGGGCGUUUAAGUCGAGGGAAGGCAUUUCGCUGUGCUCGAUCUGCUUCGAUACGGGCUUUUGCGAUGAUUGCUCGGAGCUGCUGCGGACUGGGGCCAUGCCAUUCCAAGUAUGUAGGGCAACGCAUGCAAAGGACUUCGUAUAUAUUCCACCGCGACCACAGAAGGUGGAGGCCAACCGAGUUCUGGUGGAGGGACAGGUUCUGACCUAUGAGGAAUGGCUCGCCCAGUUGAAGAAGGAAUGGAAGGUGUAA